ACGCAAACAUGGCAUUAGAAAUGCUUAAAGAUCCCAAUCUUAUAUCGCCCGGCAGUGUUUUCUAUUUUUUAUUAUUACCAACUAUUUUAUUGUGGUUUCUGUACUGGCGCUUAUCUCGGCGACAUUUAUACGAAUUGGCCGAUAGACUACCAGGACCCAAAGGAUUACCAAUAGUGGGUCAUUUGUUCGAUGUGUUGGGACCAGCUUCGUCUGUUUUUAAAACUGUUAUACGUAAAAGCGCUGAGUUUCCACACGUGGCCAAAAUGUGGAUUGGACCGAAAUUGGUGAUAUUUAUAUAUGACCCUCGAGAUGUUGAAAUAUUACUAAGCAGUCAAGUAUAUAUAGACAAAGCAUCCGAGUAUAAAUUUUUCAAACCAUGGCUAGGAGAUGGUCUACUAAUUAGUACGGGUCACAAAUGGCGUUCACAUCGUAAAUUGAUUGCACCCACAUUCCAUUUAAACGUUUUGAAGAGUUUCAUUGAUCUUUUCAAUGAAAAUUCACGCAAUGUUGUGCGUAAACUGCAGUCAGAGGAUGGCAAAAGUUUCGAUUGUCACGAUUAUAUGAGUGAGGCAACGGUUGAAAUUUUAUUGGAAACUGCUAUGGGUGUUUCCAGAAAAACCCAAGACAAGUCAGGCUAUGAAUAUGCAUUGGCUGUAAUGAAAAUGUGUGACAUUCUACACAUGAGACAUCGUAGUCUUUUCUUGAGAAAUGAAUUCCUGUUCACACUUACCAAAUACUAUCACGAUCAAGGCAAACUUUUAAAUAUUAUACAUGGUCUAACAAAAAAAGUCAUCAAGAAUAAGAAAGAAGCUUUUACUAAGGGCACAAGAGGCUCUCUCGCCCAAUACGAAUGGACUAAAGAUGGUGAAUUGAUAACGGAAAGUCUCAAAUCGAAUGGUGUUAAUGGUAAAAAUGAAAAGGUUACAUCUGUUGAGGGUUUAUCGUUUGGCCAAGCAGAGGGUUUAAAAGAUGACUUGGAUGUUGAUGACAAUGAUGUGGGAGAGAAAAAGAGGUUGGCAUUUUUGGAUUUGUUGUUGGAAAGCGCUCAAAAUGGUGCCGCUAUAACGGAUACUGAAAUUAAAGAACAAGUUGACACCAUAAUGUUUGAAGGUCAUGAUACAACAGCGGCUGGCUCCUCAUUCUUCUUAUCGCUCAUGGGAAUACAUCAGCAUAUACAGGAUAGAGUUAUAGCUGAAUUGGAUGAAAUAUUCCAGGGUUCCGAUAGAUCGUGUACCUUUCAAGAUACUUUAGAAAUGAAAUACCUAGAGAGAUGUUUAAUGGAGACAUUAAGAAUGUAUCCACCAGUACCGCUUAUAGCCCGAGAAUUGCAAGAGGAUUUGAAAUUGGUAUCGAAUAAUUAUGUUAUACCCAAAGGAGCUACCAUUACAGUGGCCACCAUAAAAUUACAUCGCAAUCCUUUGGUAUAUGAAAAUCCCAAUGUUUUUAAUCCUGAUAACUUUUUACCCGAACGUCAGGCUAAUCGUCAUUACUAUGCCUUUGUACCAUUUUCAGCAGGACCCAGAAGUUGUGUGGGUCGCAAAUAUGCCAUGUUAAAAUUGAAAAUACUUUUAUCAACAAUUCUACGCAACUAUCGUGUCUAUUCGGAUAUGACUGAAGAGGAUUUCAAACUACAGGCCGAUAUUAUUUUAAAACGUGAAGAAGGUUUCCGUAUUCGUUUGCAACCUCGACGACCAGCAGCUCCUAAUUCAUUUACAGCAACUAACACCACCAAUUUGUCUAAUCCAACUUAUACUAGUUCCACUGUUUAAUAAUUUUAAUAUAAAUAUGUAUUGUUUUUCGUCUCUAUUUCACAAACAAUUUAAUGAUUUUAUUACAAUAUAUUUUAUGUAUUCUUCUACUUAAUUUUGUAAUAUUUUAUUGAAUGUACGAUCGAUAUUUCAAUACUAUUUUCAUAGUUGUAUGUGUAUGCAUUUAUUUAAGAAUUGAUUUUUUUGGGUAAAAAUUAUAGAAAUUUCAUUGUUGUAUUUUAAGUUUCAUAAAUAUUGUAUGUAUCUAUAUUAGUUUGUAAAAAAAUUAAUAAAAAACUCAUAACAGGAAAUGGAAUUUAA